GACAGCUGUCAGCUGAGCAGGAUGGCCGCUGUGGACACAAAUAACAACGCCCCAGGGGGGGUGAUCAGCUACAUCGGCUCUAACGGGUCUUCCCCGAGUCGAACGAGUCCCGUCUCUCUGUGCGGCAGCGAUAGCUCCAGCAGCAGUUGCCAGCUCUCCCAACCCGCCUUCCCCAGUUACUUCCCUCCCUCGCCCACUGGAUCUCUGGUGCAGGAUGCCGGACGUCUGUACGGGGGUAGCUCUGCCGGUCUGCGUGAGGACGCCUCUCCUUCCUCUUCAUCCUCCUCCUCCUCCUCCAGUUCCUCGUCCUACAGCUCUGGAGGCUCGCCGGUGGGGCUGCAGGUAGCCAUGGAUGACGGGAGGCGGGUCUCCCCUACCAAAAGCACCAGCAGCAGUAUUACAAAGCUGAAUGGGAUGGUCCUUCUGUGUAAAGUGUGUGGAGACGUUGCCUCCGGAUUCCACUACGGUGUCCACGCCUGCGAAGGCUGUAAGGGUUUCUUCCGGCGCAGCAUUCAGCAGAACAUCCAGUACAAAAAGUGCCUGAAGAACGAGACCUGCAACAUUGUCCGCAUCAACCGGAACCGUUGCCAACAGUGCCGCUUCAAGAAGUGUCUGGCGGUCGGCAUGUCCCGCGAUGCCGUCCGUUUUGGGCGCAUCCCGAAGCGCGAGAAGCAACGGAUGCUGGCCGAGAUGCAGAGCGCCAUGAACAACAUGGCCAACAACCAGCUGAGCGCGCAGAGCCCGCCCGAGAGCUUGCCGACGGGACACCCACAGCCGGCAAACCCCUUGCUGUGCCGCCAGCCCCAGCUGGCCCCCCGUUCCCCGCCGCCCCAUGCGGCUUCACCCCCUCAGCCAUCCCCUUGCUUCUCCCAGUUCUCUCAGCAGCUGACGCCCCCCCGCUCCCCAAGCCCUGGCGACGUCAUGGAAGACGUCAUCUCGCAAGUGGCCAAGGCUCACAAGGAGAUCUUUGUUUAUGCCCACGAUAAACUGGCCACCGGGCCCCUUCCGCCCGUGGCAAGUGAGAAUUCUCUCGGUUGGGAGAACACCUGGCUGACCAACGGCUAUCGCGGCAACGGGGUUUGUCCUCAGAAUGACAACUGGAAUGCCGGCUCCCCUCCCAGUAACACCUGUCACCAGAAUAACAUCAACGGGCAUCGGUUCUGCCCUUCCGGCUAUCCCUCGCUGGAGACGGACCCCUCCACCAGACAGGGCUGCCCCCGGCAAGGGGAACCCAGAGACGUACUCUUAGCGUGCCCUAUGAACUGUCACCCCCACGGUCGCAGUGGCCGCACGGUGCAGGAGAUUUGGGAGGAUUUCUCACUGAGCUUCACCCCUGCUGUCCGAGAGGUUGUGGAGUUUGCCAAGCACAUCCCAGGUUUCCAGGAGCUUUCCCAGCAUGACCAGGUCUCCCUCCUGAAAGCCGGCACGUUUGAGGUGCUGAUGGUUCGGUUUGCCUCCCUCUUCAACGUGAAGGAGCAGACGGUGAUGUUCAUGAGCCGCACCAAGUACAGCCUGGAAGAGCUGUGGGGGAUGGGCAUGGGGGACCUGCUGACCUCCAUGUUCGAGUUCAGUGAGAAGUUGGGUGCCCUGGACCUCUCUGAAGAAGAGCUGGGCCUCUUCACGGCUGUGGUGCUGGUCUCUGCAGAUCGUUCCGGCAUAGAGAACCCGGCCUCAGUGGAGCAGCUUCAGGAGACGCUUAUCCGAGCCCUGCGGGCCCUGAUCCUCAAGAACCACCCCCAGGAGACGUCCCGCUUUACCAAGUUGCUGCUGAAGCUUCCUGAUCUCCGCACCCUCAACAACAUGCACUCUGAGAAACUGCUCUCCUUCCGCAUAGAUGCUCAGUAGAGGGACAAGGGGG